ACCUACGCGCUCUCCUGGCCACAGCCACCCACCUGGCCCGAGGCGGGAGGGGAUUCCGAGGGCGGACCUUGGACUGGGUGGUAUUACCUUUCCAUCUUGGGUACUCUUCCUGACGCAGACGUCAAAAACGGACUUUUACCAUCCCCCAAGGACAGGGCGAGGGACGUUUGUGAUCUGAAGAGACAGAGAGGAAAAACUGCACAGAGCAUGUCCCCAAAACGUGGGUCAACCUUGGGAGUCUGGCCUGGUCCUGACUUCCUAGGCAAGGCUCUGGGCAAGACCCUUUUAUUCUUGGGGCCUCCUCGGUUUCCUUUAUCUGUAUCAUUAGCCAACCAAAUCAAAUUAUCUCCCACUUGUUUCUGUGUUUUUGUUUGUUUGAAUUUUUGUUCAGAUACUUGAUUUUCUAGAAUGUGGGUUAGAAUGUACAGAGGGAGAUCUGGGGAGAGGGAGGGAGAUAGGAAAUAAGCAUUCACAUCAACAGUGGACCAGAACCCCAGGGAAAUAAGUAAUUAACAGAGAUUAGGAAGUGGCUGUCUCAACUGUUUUCCAAAGGAUAAACAUUACAAAGCAUUGAAAACAGCGGUUCACCAAGUAGAUCCUAUAAGGGAACACAACUUCCCGCAGCCAAGGAAUGCUGCUACUCAAGUGCCAUCUGAACCAAGUUCCUCAGGAGGUUUCCUGUAGGUUUUAUCCUGUGAUGGGAAAACUGCAAAGCAAACUCAAACACCGCACUUACAAAUACAGCAGGCCUGAUGGAAUUAUAGAAGAGAGAAUUCAAACUAAAGCUUUUCAAGAGUAUAGUCCAGCCCACGUGGAUCCUGUCUCUGUUGUUGCUGCUCUGAACACAGACCUUUGUGUCUCCGGAGGAAAAGAUAAGACAGUGGUGGCCUGUAACUGGAAGACUGGGGAUGUGGUGAAACGGUUCAAAGGACACGAAAGUGAAAUCACCAAGAUCGCCUGUGUUCCCAAAUCCAGCCAGUUCUUCAGCGCCUCCCGCGACAGGACUGUCGUGAUGUGGGACUUGUUGGGGUCCCCACAGCCCUGGCAGCACUUCUCUGGCCACAGCAUGGUGGUCACCGGGUUGGCGGUGAGUCCAGACUCGUCACAGCUAUGCUCUGGCUCGCGGGACAACACCCUGCUUCUGUGGGAUGUGGGGACCGGCCAGUGUGUGGAGAGAGCUUCAGUCUCCAGGAACCUGGUCACUCAUCUGUGCUGGGUCCCCGGGGAACCGUACAUACUGCAGACCUCUGAAGACAAAACCCUCAGAUUAUGGGAUAGUCGGGGGCUACAGGUAGCUCAUAUAUUUCCCACAAAGCAGCAUAUUCAGACCUACUGUGAGGUCAGUGAAGAUGGACAAAAGUGUGUCUCCUGCAGCAGCGGCUUUGGAGGGGAAGGCUGUGAAGCUACGUUGUGGGAUCUACGGCAGACACGGAACAGAAUAUGUGAGUAUAAGGGGCAUUUCCAGACCAUUGCAUCAUGUGUCUUUCUACCAAGAACACUGGCCUUGAUGCCUCUAAUUGCUACUUCAUCACAUGACUGCAAGGUGAAGAUUUGGAACCAAGACACUGGCGCCUGCCUUUUCACCUUGUCUCUGGAUGGCUCGGGACCUUUGACUUCGCUGGCUGUUGGCGACCCCGUCUCCUUGCUGUGUGCCAGCUUCCACAGAGGAAUUCACUUGCUCAGAGUGGACCACAGCCGAGGGCUGGAACUGCGGCACGUGGCAGCCUUCUGAGGCCAAGAAAUGUUCCCUGGACAGUAGUAAACCACGGCCCCUCCUUUCUCAGUGUGCUUUGUGCUUUCCAUGCCUGGCUUUCCAUGUUACGUUGUGGGAGGCUGAUGUGGCUGGUGUUCUUCGGGUCACUUAGGGGGUACAUCGGUGUUAGAAGUCAGUUCAAGUCCAGUGCUUCAAAACCAGCUUUGAAGUUUAGAAACAUGGGGUGAACAUAAGGUUCUCAAUCUAUGUUUAUGGCUCAAAAUAAUGACUUGUAAGUGCAGUGAAGGCCUCUGUCUGAGAGAGUCAGAACCCAGGGCCCGAGUCUGUUGAACUGACCUUGUCCAUGUGGCCGCAAAAGAAAAAAAAUGCAGGGGUGGGAGAGAGAGACUGUUUGGUCACCUCAAAAUUGUUGAAAGACUAGUGCAGCUCCACAGAGGACGUAGACUUUAUACUUGAGCGUCACUGCAGUCACUGCUCCUCAGCAAUAGGAGGAAUCCUUUAUGGCCAGAGAGCAAGAGCCUUGGCUUCUACUCUCAGGAGCAGCACAGUGGGAGUAGCAAAUCCCUGCCUGCUCUUGGUGCCCGCCUGGGCCAGGGCUCGAACCAGUUCUAAUGAAGAAACACUUAUCCAAAACCCGGAUGGCCUCCCUUACACUCCCAGCCCACAUGCUAAGGAGUUGGUAAUAGCACACGCUGGUUCGGUGAGCUUUUAUACUUUAUAUAAAUGGAAUCAUACUGUACUGUGGUAUGUGGGAAGACAGCCACGGAUUUCUCCCAGCCACAUUGUGUGACCCUUUGCAACCUGACCUCUCGUCAAUAGGUAGGGUCUAGAUUCCCCUAGAAUCUGCUCUGAUCUUUGACUUCACUUGAUUGACAGAAUGCAGAGGCAUAAUCAGUGAGCAACUUCUAAGGCCUUGUGGCUUCACUUCCACCCUCUUGGAAUGCUGCCCUGCGGUCUUGUCAGGGAGGUGACCUAGGCCACAUGGGGAGAACCAAGCACCACCAGUAAGCAAGCCCCCCUUGGACCUUCCAACCUAGACAAAUCUGAAUACUGCUAUAGAUGAAAUCAGAAGAUGAACUACAUAGCCACCCCACACAAUCCAGGGAAAUAAUAAAUUGCUGCUGUUUUAAGAUAGUGGGUUUUGGGGUUGUUAUGCACCAUUUAAAUUGUUAAUAAAUUUCAGUAAAACCAUUCUCAUUUUUGGUUAGGCUCCUUUCGCUCGAUUUUUUUUUUAAGAUUUAUUUAUUUACAUAAGAACUGGGGUACAGGUCAGAGGUGCAGGAGAGCGAGAGGACUCACCAGAGACAAAGUGGGAAGCAGAACAGGCAGACUGAAAUACACUGCUGAGGGGAACAGCGGGCGAGACAGGAGAGGACUGCUGCGCCAUGUGGGUAGUUCCCUGGCCGGCCGGGAAUCGAACCAGCACUGCAGAGGCUGCAGACAGCCCCAUAGAGCUGCGUUCAACCCCCUACACCACCAGGGAGGCCCCUCAAUAUGUUUUGAGUUUGGUUCACACUACUGCAUAGAGGUGAGCAGCAUCCCUCAUGCAGACCGAUGCUUCCACCAAGGCCUCUACUCAGUGCUGCGUUGUCCUGGUGGUAUGGGCACAAGAAUGAAGAGAGAGGGCCUCCCCGGUGGCGC